AUGGGUUGUAUUGGCUCGAGGAUGGACGGCCGUGGCGGCCCGAGGCGGUCCGGUGGCUGUUGUUCUGUCCGCUUACAUUCAGGCUACCGACGACGCCGGAACUCGGAACGGAAUUCCGCCGCCGCCGCUCUCGAUAUGCUCUUGCUCGACCGGGAUCUUGGCUUCGACGGCGAGGUGAUGAUGAAGUGCGACAAUGACGACGCCCCCUUCUUCGCAGCGGGGACAGCGACCAGGAAGGAGUACGGCCAAGUGAAGACGCGGCCGGAGAAUAGAACUCAGGGAAGCUCUAGAACCCCGAUUUCGACGCCGCAGAACGAACCCGAGGUGAUCGACGCCUGGGAAAUCAUGGCGGGGCUCGAAAAUGCCAGCCCUCUCAAUCUCCGACGAACCACCGACGUCUCCGACGAGAAAGGCCCGAACGAGAAAUCCUCUUCCGGAAGCGGCGGCGGGGAUUGGAGCGCCGCCGGCAUCGUGGAGGCUAGGGUUAAAGAGUUCCAGCGCAAAAUCGACGCGAAGAGAUCGGCAGCUGCCGCCGCCGCCGCCGCCGAAGCUAAUCGGAAACGAUCCCCGCCCGACAGCGCGGGGAAGGUGGUGCUCUACUUCACCAGCCUCCGCGGCGUGCGGCGGACCUUCGAGGACAGCUGGGCGGCGAGGAUGAUCCUCAAGGGCUACGACGUCCGCGUGGACGAGCGAGACCUGUCGCUGCACACGGCGUACAAGGCGGAGCUACUGGGCGCGCUCGGGCCGGGAUGCGGCCUCCCGAGGGUCUUCUCGAACGGGGAGUACGUGGGCGGCGUGGAGGAGCUGAGGCAUCUGCACGAGGCGGGGAAGCUGCGGAAGGUGCUGGAGGCGUGCCAGAGGGCGGCGGGAUGCAGCGCGGCCUGCGAGGGAUGCGGAGACGUGCGAUUCGUGCCCUGCGGCACCUGCUCCGGCAGCCGCAAGGUGUACUGCGAUGCGGCACUGCAGGCGACGGAGGUGGCGGCGGAAUUGGGGGGGUUCCGGAUGUGCCCGGCUUGCAACGAGAAUGGCCUCGUUAGAUGCCCGCUCUGUAGCUGCUAA